AUGGAAACUAACCAGGUGUUUGAGGAGAUCUUGUCGGAACAGCACGCGGCAACCAUCACAGGCGUAUUGAUAGUGCAGAAGGAAAGCAUUAUUCACCUGGUGGAGACGUCCAUGGAUACAUCAACCGCGUUGUUGAGGCAGAUCCAGAGCAUGGAGGCCGACCUGGAUCCAUCAGCACGGGUCAUGGAGAAUGUGAAGAUCUUGGUGUCGAGCGAAGACUGCCCCGCCCCGUACUUCGCCAAGUGGUUCCACUACAACAUCCAGCUCAACGCGGAGAGCAACGUGGACAUCGACAAAGAAGACCCAGUAGAAGCCUCCUGGGGAGUGUACGAUAAACUUGUGGAGCUCGCGUCGGAGAUGAGACAGCACUCGGGAACUUCCGUAUCAGAGCUGAAGCGAAAGUACAACCACCUCGUGCCCUCCAACGAACGAGUGCUGGGGUUGGCGGAAACGGAGAAAAACAUGAGUUUGUCCGAGUACCUGCAAGUCUACGACACACCUAUCUCAGCCACCCUGGAGUCCGAGAGGGUGUGGCCGAUCCCGGCCUUGAUACGCUAUUAG